AGUAUUUUUGAGUUUGUGUUGUCUUUGAACACAGAAAAUGAGCUACAGUACAUAAGAGAGAAAAAGUUUAAACAGGAGAUACAGAGAGCAACUUGUUUUCCACCGAGCGUGUGCCAACAAAGGCUGGAAUGUAGUCAGACUGCACGUUAAGUCUUCCUAUCGAUUGUUCUACUGAAAACGCAAUCAGCAUUAUCUGCAAAUCCUGUGAGGCAUAUACCACAGCAGCAUCCACAUUCAGAUUGUUUACAGUCUAUCAGCACAUCAUCAGAUCUUAUUUCUCUGGAGGAGUAUCUGUCCAUGCUUGCUCAUGAGGAAGCCCGCUAUGAUUGUCUCAGUCAUACAAACCACAAAGAAGUGGAACAGUCAGACAUGCAGAAACAUCGUCCUUGUCACUCGCUGUCUGUCUGUUGGAACAGAAGACAGUCAGCUUCAAAGCUUUCCUUUGCCUUUUGAAAAUGCCGGAGAACUCUGUUUGCAAAGGUGAAAAGACUCCAUGGACAAGAGUGAGACGAUGGCUGUGUUUUUUAGCACUGAUCCUCGUGAUGACAACUUCACUGUUCAUCUUCUACAAUUCAAGCCUCCAAGUAUCAUGGCCUUUGAACCUUUGGACAGGCUCAUGGUCGGGACAAUCUUACAACAAUGUGACUCAUUCAGCUGGCAGUGGUCCUCCACUGCAAUACUUUGUGGCUUACCCACACCAGUACGAAUUCAUAGUGGAUGAACCAAUCAGAUGUCUCAAAGAAAGCCCGUUUCUGGUUCUUAUGGUCCCAGUCACACCCCACAACAGGGAGGCUCGUGACAUAAUCCGCAACACAUGGGGCAAAGAAACUACGGUGCUGGGCCAGGAGGUCAGCCACUACUUCUUGCUGGGACUGUCCAAAGAAGAAGAUGGGUUAGAAGACCUACAGGAACAAGUAUUGCAGGAAAGCCAGACUCAUCAUGACAUUCUCCAGAGUGACUUCUUGGACAGCUACAAUAAUCUCACCAUUAAAACUAUGGUUAUGUUCGAAUGGCUCAGCACUCAUUGUUCCAACACCUCUUAUGCCAUGAAGAUCGACUCGGACAUGUUCCUCAACGUCCAAAACCUCAUCGACAUGCUUCUGAAAGCCCCCAAACAUCUCUACAUGACAGGGAUGAUGGCCAGAGGUGCUCCUGUUCUUCGAGAUCAUACCUCAAAGUGGUUCCUACCUUAUUCUGCCUUCCCCGAGUCAACGUAUCCACCGUAUGCUCUGGGAAUGGGCUAUGUGUUCUCUCUGGAUUUACCCAAGAAGAUACUGGAGGCAUCUCCACAUGUUAAAGCCGUGUACAUUGAGGACGUGUAUGUGGGACUGUGUAUGAGACAUGCAGGACUCACACUGACAGAUCCUCCUCACGGUGGAUUGUUUAGGACUACAGAGCCUUAUUUGAAAAGCGGCUGCUACUGGACAUCUGUCAUUACAACAAUACUGCAAAAUUCUAAGCAGCUUUCGAAUGUAUGGGAAAUAUAUCAGACUGAAGAACAUAGCGGCUGUUGAACACUUCUGCCUUGCAAACAAUGUACAGGCAGAAGUGUUUGCAAGUGUACCGCAUGUGGUACACUUUGUAACUGUGUCGUCUAAGCUACACCCCAUUAACAUUGUACGUCAUUGCCUGGAUGAUAUUUUUUAUCUGUUGGUGGCGAUCUGGGACUUUGAUACUGAAAGAUUUAGACAGGAAUACAUUUUGUGGUUUGGAGAAUGUGUUUAUACUUUUGUCAUUUGAAAUAAUUGCACAAGCAAUUUUGAAUGUACUUAGUAAUGUAAACAUUUUAGAACGGAGAACAUUUGUCAGAACAGUUUUUGUAGUGCUGCAGCUUACAACGCAUGACAAAGAAAGCAAU